UCAGUGUGGUCCGGGUUCAGCCCUCCUGGACUUGAGCUCCUGCUGUGAGCUAUAUCCUCCUCUCCAGACUUUGCCACUCUUCAGUUCCGUGUGGCCGCUGCGCCCCGGCUGCCGUUCUCUGCACCGUGGUCUGAAAGUUUUCCUCCUGGUGCCCCCCUGGGCACAGUGUGUGAGGCUGUGUCUUUAUAGAGCAGGAACUCCUGAGAUGUCCUGGCCACUUGGUUUCCUUUCUAGAUUCCAGCGGGAUCACUUUUCUGAAAGUGAGCUUGCAUUACAGGAGUCACGUAAUUCCCAACGUGCUGUGGCAUCAGGUGACGUUUGAUGCUAAAACGUAUACGUUAGUGGAGGCGUGCGUAUGCGUGUGGAACUGGACGUUACAAUAGCGGAGAAGUUAAUUUUCUAUUAAAGCUUAUAAAAACCUCAGCACAGGUGAAUCUCUGGAACGUUGUCCCAAACAAAAGAUCUCAGAUGCAAAAGCGUGCGAGCUGAGUGACUGUUUUGAAGGUGAAGAUCCUGCCAGAUUGCAGGACGGUGGCUCAGUAGCAUUUAGGCUUGUGAUCUCCACAUGUGGUCACACGUGGCUGGGCGUCCCAUACAGAAUAGUCACACAGUAGCUGUCUUGGGUGACUCUGGGUCCCGCACAGGCUGUGGUCACGCAGUAGCGGUCAAGUGUAAGCCUCUUGUGGACACUGCAGCCUGAGGAGAAGAUGCGUGGCCCCACAGUGCAGCCCAUCGGAGGGCAGGGGACCCUCCUCACCUAGCAGGUGGUUUCCUGAGCUGCCCCUGAGACGCAGGUACAAUGUCAGACGUUUACCUUCUGUUUGAAGCCGUCCAGGGCUGCGGAAACGCGUCGGGUGCCCUCUCCUUCACCUCCGUCCCUCCCAGGGUGCCAUCAGGGCACUAGGCCUCCCAGGGUCUUGGCUGGGCCUGCAUGAAUCGGGCCCUCUGUGGGGAAUUGGCUGUCUGUCUGAUGCUGCACCAGCUCUGAUUCACAGGGUGGUGUGAAUACCGCGAGGACAACCCCAGCAAGACUGAAUGGGCUGCUUUAAUUUACGUCUGUGUACACGAUAUGAGUGAAUCAUUCCGUAUAAAACCGUUUCGAAAACUGGCUUCUCCCGUUUUGAUUUGCAGAGGAGAAAUGUUCCCGUGAAGCCUCCAGAGGAAGCGAAGGCUGGGGACUCGCUGGGCGACAGCAACUCCGUCCUGGACUUCAUGUCGACAAAGUCCUACUCGGACGCCUCCCUGGACAUCUCCAUGCUUGGCUCUCUAGGGAAAGUGAGGAAGGAGCCUGACGCAGACGACAGCCACCUGAACCUGGAUGAGACGGCGAAGCUCCUGCAGGACCUGCACGAGGCACAGGCAGAGCGCGGGGGCUCCCGGCCGUCCUCCAACCUCAGCUCCCUGUCCAACACCUCCCCCUCCGAUAGAGACCAGCACCACCUGGGAAGUCCUUCUCGCCUCAGCGUCGGGGAGCAGCCAGAGGUGACCCACGACCCAUACGAAUUUCUUCAGUCUCCAGAACCUGCAGCCUCUGCGAAGAGCUAGCCUUGUAGAUAGACUUCCGUUAGUUUUUUAUUUUUUUAUUUGUGCGUACAGAGUUUUUGUCGUGAGACAGAGACUUUCGUUUUGUCCCCUCUGGCGUGCGGGAAGCAGCCCCGGGAGGCGGGGAGGUGUCUCUGGCAUCAUGUCAGCCACACACGGAUCCCGUGUUUCUGUGGGUAGCCCCGUGAAUGCUGGACAGUGGACAGCACACUACAGGUGUGUGACCGGGUGGGGUCGAGCCGUGGUGCUUUGUCUCUUGAGCUUUGAGGGGUCUGUAAAGCUCCGUCCUGUGGCUGGCCGGGACACGCCGUCCUGCCCCAGCAUCCUUCCCGAGCACCCCUUGGGAGGCAAGAGAUGCCCACGUUGGGGGUCCUGUGUGCUGUUUGCCCUGCCUGCCCACCCCGCCGUCCCCACGUUUCCGAAGCAGGUCGUGGUGGGGCCGCACCCUCCUGGCCUGGGACAGGGUCUGUGCUGGGCGAGGCCUGCCUUCUGCUGGAAGCUGACAGUGAUGUGCUGUGUCCGUAGACUUUUUUAAUCUGGAUGUGUUUACUGGAUGCCUGUUUACAUUUGCAAAACGUAGAGAUGUCAAUAAAAUACAGAGCGAUUGCAUGUAA